AUGAGGCUCUACAUCCACCCCUCUGGGGAACCAGUGACUUGUGAGAUCAACCCUGGGAGGCAGGCGGGUCAGCGUGGAGGGAGAGAGGCCCUGCCUGGCUUGGGAAGAGGAGUUGGCGGCACAGAACAGCAGUCGCCCUCCUCCCCUUCCACCUUGAGGAAGAGGUGCCGGGAGGUGGCCCCCCACCUGAGCUCAGGCUUCAGUGGACUUGCCUCGGGGACUGACAAGUGGCUGAAGCCCUGCCUCUCCACUGCCCGCUGGAGUCUGGAAUCUCUCAUCUACCUCUUAGUCAAUCAGUUUCUAUGUGUGAGAAGCAAGGCUGUGGGCCGGUGUCCUUGUACAUGCUGUAGCACUUAA